AUGGGCAAGAACAAGAAUCGAAAAAAUCGCAAAAACACUGGCGACGGCGGCGGCGGCGGCGGUGAUGGCCGUGGUGAUGACAGCAGCACUGCUGCCAAGCCGACGACAGGGGUGGAGGAGCCUGUGGGGCAGGCGAGCAACGAUCAUGAGCCGGAGGCGCCCGUCACCACCGCGCCACCAGCAUCGUCCAGUGACUUGUCAAAGCCUGCCGCAGAGAAAGCAGAGUCGGAGCCGGAGCCGAAAAAGCAGGUGCCAGCAAAGCAGGCGGAAGAAGCUGUGGCUCAACCUGAUGCGCCGAGUCAGGCCAUUGACGAAAAGGAGGCCCCCGAGCCCGAGGCCACUGACAUUCAAGCCCUUAUUCAGGAGAUUGCGACUCAGUACGCCAGCUAUGCCCGCCUGGACGUCGAUGUUGUUCGCAAAGAGCUCAGCAACGUGGACACGGCCACAGAGGUGUUGCUGGCACGUAUUGAUGAGACCCAGGGCGUGGUCGAUAGUCUAACCCAAGAGCGCCAAGAGCUCACAGACAAGGUGCUGCCUGCUCUUCAAGCCAACUGUGAGAAGCUCGUGGGUCUCUUCAUGGUCAUUGAGCAGCUUGACGCCUUGGUGCAAGGACUGCGCGCGAACGUGGAUGAGGUUGAAUCCCAGCUCACUGCCCUUGAUGGCAACAAGACGCUCAUGUCCUCGAUGCUAGGUCGCAUGAAACUCACUUCCUUCUUCUCGCGAGGCAAUGCAACCCAAGCGCCAGCCAACGCCGACGCAAGCAAUGCUUCCGCCAACGCAGCCUCUCCCAUUUCGUGA